CAUAUUCUUGAUAGCUCAAAAGGCCCUAACAGAAUGGUAUAUAAUAUAGUCAAAAAACAUUUGCUAUCAGUUUUAUUAUGCGCGCCUUAAAUUAUUUAUUCAUUAAGCUAGCUGUCAGAUUUGUUAUUACGAAAAGUAUUUGUUUAAUACGUUGACAAGAUAGCAGCCGAAAAAUGUGAAAUUUUGUAUAUGUGCUCAAUUUUUUCUCUUGUAGAGUGAUAUUUGUUGAAAAUGAUGUAACUAACACAUCGAAACCUUGAAUAAGUGAGCAACGCAGAUAUUGGUAAUGAAAUCAGUUCUCUCCGACUAAAACUUAACAAUAUCCAACUCGAAGCAGACAGCUUCGUAGUGGCCAGUAGGCAUUUAAAGGCCGAGUUGAAUUAUAUAUAUAUCUACUCUCUGUGAUAGCUUUCUUUUCUAGAAGAAUGGGUUCCUGUUCUCUGCGAAGACUUUUAUCGCACUCCAUGAUGUUUUUGAAAAGGUUAUUCAAGCGCGAUACGUCUUAUGAUAAGAAUGUUGACGAAGUUCGUCUGCACGAACUUGGUUAUAAACAAGAAUUAAAACGUGGACUUAGUACAAUAUCCAACUAUGGUGUCGCUCUCUCAAUUAUUAGUAUUAGCUCUGGUAUUACAUCACUAUUUGGAUAUGGAAUGGUUACAGGUAAACACUCACAUCAUUCGCUAUUUAUGCGUUCGUUAAUGAAGUGGUUAUCUUUGCACGACACGCUAUUCUACGGUAUAAUGAAGACGGAGAAAAUCUACAUAAACGAU